AUGUUGCAUGAUGCGAAGGAGCGACAGGAGAGGCGGCCGUAUAGGUUUUACUGCACUCCAAUGAGCAUGAACGAGUCAUCGCGUUUAAUUUGGUCUGUCUCAUCAGCUUUAAAAGGCAGAAAGAAAACUCCGAUCUUGACUAUGAGCUUCUUGCUAUAG